AUGGGGUUGUGCGAGCUGCUCGCUUACCUGAGGGAAGUCAAGAACGUCGACUGGUCCGGCUUCAGAACAUUCUUUCUCCACGACGAGCCGUACAGCGGCCGAGCGGAUACCUUGGUGCUCCUGGCGAUGUUCAUGGAUGAGAUCGAGACGUGCCCGAAAACUAUUGGGGAACGCGAGGCGAGGGAAGCCACGUUCAGGCGGCUGCGCUGGAGCCGCGCCGAGGCUGUUAGGUCCCAUGGCCAGUACCUGUUCGCAUUGGGGAUGCUGGAGAUCUACCAUUCGAACCGAUACGGGAUGCGAAUGCACUCUGAUUGGUUGAAGCAGUACGUUCGCUUGAUGCACGACCGUGUGGGGCCAGGUGCCAUGGUGAUGCUCGUUGCGCCAUGCAAGGAGAAGGAGUACGUGGCGGCGGCUAUGCGGGCGUGGACACGGCCGAACCCCACGGACGCAGCUCCAGAAAAGGCUCUGGUAUGGGCGAAAUACAAGGAUGGACUGCCAGAGCCUUACUCGUGCAUUGUGCUGAUCCGGGACGUUGAAGAAAAUGAAGCGGCUUGGAAGCCGUACUACCCGGAAGUGGAGGGGGAGAUGAUGUUCUUUGGUCAUUACAAUGUCGUCAACAUCGCGACCGGCAAGGUGCUCAACUGGAGAACAGAUAAAUGUCCGCGAGUGUGGUACGAGCUGAGCGAGUUGCUCGUCUACCUGCGGGACGUCAAGUCGGUUAGGACGAUGCUGCUCCACGACGAGCCGUACAUUGGACGAUCGGAUACGGUGGCGCUCCUCGCCAUGAUGAUGGACUGGAUGAAGACCAACGACACUCAUCACCUCCAGGCGAUGAAGAGCGAGACGCUUGAACAAUUGCGCUCGUGCCGCGCCGGCGCUGUCCGGUUCUUCGACCAGUUCAUCUUCUGCUGCGGGGUGAUGCAGCUGUAUUAUUGGGAGCGCUACGGGCAGGUCCCGCACGACGACUCUGGGUUCCUUCACACG